AUGUCCACGGAUAUAUGGGUGGGGAGCUGGCGCCCCCACAGGCCCAGAGGACCAAUCGCGGCCCUGUAUAGCAGCCCAGGACCCAAGUAUGGGCUGCCAACGAAUGUAGGCUACAGCCUGCAUGACCCUUCCCGCUUCAGGGCCCCCGCCUACAGCUUCGGCACCCGCUGGUUCCAGGAGCAAGAGAGCUGCUCUCCUGGGCCAGGAUACCUGGUUCCGCCCAACAUGACCAUGAGGGGCAGAGAUGGCAUCCCUGCAUUCUCCAUCUACGGGCGCCCCCGGGACAUCAUGUCCUUCAUGACUCCGGGGCCAGGUCGCUACAGCCCAGAGAAAGCCGGGAGGUUGGCCUACCCCUCCGCUCCCCAGUACUCACUUGCUUCGCGGACGAAGGAUUUCGAGAACGACCAGACGCCAGGGCCAGCGGCAUAUGGGCUUCCUCCCAUGAUUGGGCCUAGGGUGGUGAACAAGAACACAGCCCCCAAUUACUCCAUUUAUGGGCGCAGUAUGGUAGGCAGCUUCUACGAGGACCUCAGCAAGACUCCCGGACCCUGCAACUACCGCCUGGUGGAUCCCAGCGUGUACAAGAACCGCCCGCCACACUUCAGCAUACUGGCCCGCAACAUGCCUCCGGAGGACAGCACUAGGAAACCGGGCCCAGGAGCCUACAGCCCGGAGAAGGUGAGCCUGCAGCCCAAGAGGGGUUCCUGCUAUACCCAGCAUCGUGGCCUGACCUUCGGGAUCCGCCAUUCGGACUACGUGGCUCCUCUCAUCGUGGACGUGGUAGACUGAAUCGGCGGAAUUGGCAAGGACAAGCUAGACAAGAAAUGUUCAUUUGGGAAUACUUUGCUUUUCGCCACAUUUUG